GGAGGUCAACGGACUAACUUUGCAGCAGUUUUGACAACCUUGAUGAAUUCGGGUUUUGUUUUGUUUUUUCAGAUCUUUUGAUGUACAGCCCAGCUCUGAAGGACUAGAGUCCACUUCAGAACCCAUUCCUUCUUCGGGUAGCAGUCCUAAGCCUACCGUACAGACCGGAGCUGCCCCAUCAUCUGCAGUAUGUCGAGGAGUUCCUUCGCCGUAUUGUGUGUUUACAGAUCCCUCCUCUGACAGUCUUUAUGAAGCAACCUGCCCCGCACCCCAUCCGAGGGGCCAUGGGAGGUUUGGCUUUCAGCCCCUCUAUGUUUCUUAUAUUCCUCGGGAUCCCUGUAAUACCGCAGACCUCAGCUCAAACCCUGAUCCUGCCACUUCUUAUCCUUGCCAUAGCUCUGUUCAUAGCUCUGUCUCUGGCUCUGGCCCUCGUUUUGGUGUUAGCUCUGAGCCUAGCCAGGGCUCGGGUCCCACCUCUGGGCCUGUUCCUGUCUCUGGACCUAGUCUUGUCUCUGGACCUGCUUCUGGCUCUGGACCCGAUUCUUCUUCCUCUGGAGCUGCUCUUGCCCAUGGACGCGGUCUUCCUCCUAGACCUGAGCAUGCUGAGGCUGUACUUGGAACUAAGCUCAGGACCUACAUUCCUCAAGGAUUCAAAUACAUCCCAAUAGAUCUGUUCCCUAAUUGGGGUCAGAACAUACACUGGAAGCCACAACACACCUGGGAACCUGUACAAGUCAGGGAACCUGGAGUAAGAGGGCCACGUAAACGUCCAGAGGUUGAAUAUGAGAAAAUUCUCUGCAAAGCACAGCCACGUGGCCAGUGUCUCCUCUACAACUGGCAAGAAGAGAGAGCCACCAACCAGCUGGAUCAAAUCCCACCAUUGCAAGACGGCUCAGAGAGUUAUUUCUUCCGACACGGACACGAGGGUCUGCUGACCUUGCAACCUCAGUUGCCCAUGCCUUCUAGCACCACCCAGAAAGACUCAUACCAGCUCCCAAGACACACCUGUUAUCCACUUCGAGGGAAGCGUGAAGCCAUGCUGGAGAUACUCCUGCAACACCAGAUCUGUAAAGAGGUGCAGAGAGAGCAGGAGCCUACAAGGGAACUCUCUGAGACCGAGUCGGUAACACACCAUGACUACAGAGUGGAGCUGGUAGGAACAGGGCCUCCUGCCCCAACAAAGCCUCAUGAUUACCGCCAGGAACAGCCUGAAACCUUCUGGAUACAGCACGCAGCACAGCUACGGGUAUGUGGGGGUCACUAUGUACUGGGGUGCAGGAGAGGCUCUAAUCUGGCUUGGGGAAGGGUGGCACCUUUCCUGAUCCUGGCACUCCUCCAGGAUGUCAAUAGCAUCAGGACACUGGACACCCCAUUCCGGAAGAACUACAGCUUCUCAACACCAACAUCCUUGUCACUGGGGCAGCCUUUGCCUUACGAACUGGAGAACAGCCCCCACCAAAUGGGGGUAAUGUCUUCCCUUGCCUGUCAGGGAGGGCAGGGGGAUAGAAGGAAGAGAACAACUCCAUUCUAAGUAUUGAGGUGGGAAGCAGACAUGGGAUUUGGAAUCCAUUUCUAUUUAUACUAUAGACGUACUUUGGAUGGAGCUGAUUCUCUGUCCUUGAUGUAGGUUUUACAUAAAGCACUCUCAUCCCGCA